CCCAGAAUGGCCGGCCCAGGCCCCACCUUCCCGCUGCACCGGCUCGUCUGGGCGAACCAGCACCGUGAACUGGAGGCCGCGCUGCAUAGCCGCCAGCAUGACAUUGAACAGGAAGACCCUCGGGGGCGCACCCCCCUGGAGCUGGCUGUAUCGCUGGGAAACUUGGAGUCUGUGAGAGUCCUCCUUCGACACAAUGCCAACGUGGGCAAAGAGAGCUGCCAGGGCUGGGCAGUCCUCCAGGAGGCAGUCAGCACGGGGGACCCUGAGAUGGUGCAGCUGGUACUCCAGUAUCGGGACUACCAGAGGGCCACGCAGAGGCUGGCUGGCAUUCCAGAAUUGCUCAACAAACUCCGCCAGGCCCCCGAUUUCUAUGUGGAGAUGAAGUGGGAGUUCACCAGCUGGGUGCCCCUCGUGUCUAAGAUGUGCCCAAGUGAUGUGUACCGUGUGUGGAAGCGGGGUGAGAGCCUGCGGGUGGACACCAGCCUCCUGGGCUUUGAGCACAUGACCUGGCAGCGUGGCCGGAGGAGCUUCAUCUUCAAGGGCCAGGAGGCAGGAGCCUUGGUGAUGGAAGUUGACCACGACCGGCAAGUGGUGCACACAGAGAUGCUGGGGCUGACCCUGCACGAGCCAGAAGCACUGCUGGCCGCCAUGCGGCCCAGUGAGGAGCACGUGGCCAGCCGCCUCACCUCUCCUAUCGUCUCCACUCACCUGGAUACUCGCAAUGUGGCCUUCGAGAGGAACAAAUGUGGUAUCUGGGGCUGGCGGUCUGAGAAGAUGGAAACCGUUAGCGGCUACGAGGCCAAGGUGUACAGUGCCACCAAUGUGGAGCUGGUGACACGCACACGCACGGAGCACCUCUCUGAUCAGGACAAGUCGAAGAGCAAAGGGGGGAAGACUCCAUUCCAGUCCUUCCUUGGGAUGGCCCAGCAGCACUCCUCCCACAAUGGGGCUUCUGUGCAUCAGGCAGCCAGCUCCACAAACCCCACAGCCAUUUCCCCCAACGAAUACUUUGACCCCAACUUCAGCCUGGAGUCAAGGAACAUCGGUCGCCCCAUUGAAAUGUCCAGCAAAGUGCAGAGGUUCAAGGCAACACUGUGGCUGAGCGAGGAGCACCCACUCUCCCUGAGUGACCAGGUGACGCCCAUCAUCGACCUGAUGGCCAUCAGCAAUGCUCACUUUGCUAAACUGCGUGACUUCAUCACCCUGCGCCUCCCCCCUGGCUUCCCGGUCAAGAUUGAGAUCCCCCUUUUCCACGUGCUCAAUGCCCGCAUCACCUUCAGCAACCUGUGUGGCUGUGACGAGCCGCUGAGCUCAGUGUGGGUGCCAGCGCCCAGCUCUGCCAUCCCGGCUUCAGGGAGCCCCUUCCCCUGUGAGGUGGACCCUGCCGUAUUUGAGGUGCCCGAGGGGUACAGCGUGCUGGGUGCAGAGCGCAGUGAGCCCCUUCGUGACGAGGACGACGAUCUGCUGCAGUUUGCCAUCCAGCAGAGCCUGCUGGAGGCGGGCACGGAGGCGGAGCAGCCUACGAGGAGCAGCUUCAGCUGGAGCGGUGAGGCCCUCGAGGACCUACCAGGUCCACGCCUCAGCCCUGCCCUGCCUCAAGGACCCUGACAGCCAAGGGGUUCUUGGCUGGUGGUGGUAGGUAGCAGGGAGGUGCUGGUCCCAGGACCCAUACCCUCUUCAGGGCCACCCACAAUCUUUGGUGCUGCCCACCAGUGAAUGAGGCAUGAGGGAUGGGGAGAUGGGGCCUGGCCUGUCUCUCCUCUCUGGUCUUCAGGUCCCAGCCACCCUGUCCUCAUCCUCGGCCUCCAUAACCACCCAGCCCUUGGCUUCCUCCCCCAGCCUGAGCACUCACAGUCUGCUCUCCUCUCAUGCUUUGCCUGGAAGGGCCCUCCAGGAAAGCCUGCGGAUGUCCACAGAGCCCAGGGGUCACAGGACGCCCCCUGUCCCGGCUUCCCCCAGCUUUGAGGAGCAGCUUCGCCUGGCCCUGGAGCUGUCUUCUCAGGAGCAGGAGGAGCGGGAGCGGCAG